CUGCGCUCGGGGCGGCGCCGGCGCUCAGUGUGUGUGCAGCCGACUGACGGAGCGGGCCGGGCUGCGCCCGGGAGCAUGGGGGUGAGGUAGGGCCGGGCCGGGCGCGGAGGAAGAGGCGAGCGGGGCCGGCCGGCGGGGCCGGGCCUGCGCGGCGGGGUCGCGGAGCCGGCCGGAGGAUGGAGGACAAGAAGGAGGAGGGCGAGGCGGAGAUCCAGGAGCACGGCCCCGAGCACUGGUUCAGCAAGUGGGAGCGGCAGUGCUUGGCCGAGGCUGAGCAAGAGGAGGCGCUGGCCCCGGAGCUGCAGGACGAGGCGGCGGCGCAGCCCGAGCACAAGCAGCAGAAGCUCUGGCACCUUUUCCAGAACUCGGCUACCGCCGUGGCGCAGCUCUACAAGGACCGGGUGUGCCAGCAGCCGGGGCUCUCCCUCUGGGUCCCCUUCCAGAAUGCAGCCACUGCGGUCACCAACCUCUACAAAGAGAGUGUGGAUGCCCAUCAGCGAAGCUUUGAUGUAGGAAUUCAGAUUGGCUAUCAGCGUCGGAAUAAGGAUGUGUUAGCGUGGGUUAAAAAACGCAGAAGAACUAUUCGUAGAGAAGACUUGAUCAGCUUCCUAUGUGGAAAAGUUCCUCCUCCAAGAAAUACUAGAGCUCCCCCAAGACUGACUGUAGUAUCCCCUAACCGAGCUACUUCCACAGAAACUAGCUCAUCUGUAGAGACUGAUUUGCAACCCUUCCGUGAAGCCAUAGCUCUGCAUGGUCUUAGUGGUGCAAUGGCUAGUAUAAGUGUUCGCUCAAGUACCCCAGGCUCUCCUACUCACGUGAGCAGUGGCUCCAAUGCUAGUCGAAGGAGAAAUGGACUCCAUGAUGUUGAUUUGAACACUUUCAUAUCAGAAGAAAUGGCACUCCACUUGGACAAUGGUGGAACUAGAAAGCGUACCUCAGCCCAGUGUGGCGAUGUCAUUACAGACUCACCAACUCAUAAACGCAACAGAAUGAUCUAAACUGCAAAAAUUUCAAACCCACCAUGCUGCUUGAAAGCCACUUGAUCCUCAGAGUACUAUUGAAAAGGAAACAUGAGGCCAUCUUCCCAUACUCACUGUUUAAGACAAAUGAAUUCAAUAAUUGCCAUAAGAAAUUUUAGAUAUUACAUUAGAUGCCUCUUGUUACUGCGGCUUUCUUAAACUAUAUUCUUAGCAGAGGACAUCAGAUAUUGUGUAGUAGUUAGCAAGAUCAUCAUAGGCGAACAUGUAUCCGUUCCAAGGCUAAAAGUGACCUUACUUGUAUUCUUAAAGGGAAAGGAAAUUUCAGAUGUUUAUUUGGUUAUAGAAUGCUUUUUUUGUCCUUUAUUUCCUGCUGUGUUGAGUAUUUGCUUAAACAGUAUUGCCAGUUUGACUGAAAUUGUCUACAACAUGACUUGGCAUCUUUGUCAAAACUGCAGGCUUCCAUUUUUGCAGCACUGUACCAUGCACCUAGUUUCUCUAUAGUAACAGUGUGCAAGUUAUAAAUAUUGGACUGUACCCUCUUUAGUUUUAAAAGCAGUUGAUAAUUCUGGUGACUGUGUGAUAAUGUAAAGAGGUGCUAUGAUGGUCAUGCAAUUAAUACUUAAUAUUGAAUCAGUACAAGAUCUUUAUUGGAUUCACUUUGUGUGUUUUAGUGCUCUGAAGUAGCAAUAUUAAACUUCCCCAAUUAACUUCAUAGGCUUUUAAAUCUUCAGUUUGAGGAAAAUAUAUGUACUUAUUGGUAUUAUCCUUGUGCAGACUGCACCAGUGCUGACCUAAAUUUAGAGGAAGAUGUCCUGUAAUUGGAAAAUAGGCUUUUCUGUUCAGUAUUAGUGGAGGGUAGGUUUUGUGUACACCCAUAUCCCAUUUUACAUUUCUUGUGAAGUAAUUGCCCAUUGCUGGGGAGGGGUGGGAGGAGAGGGAGUGUGGGGGAGUAGUUGGAAAAGGGGUGUUCUCUUAACAAGUAAGACUUCUGGUCAUGUGGAAACUUGGACUAACUUAAGGGUCUGUGUGAUGCUGUUUCCCUUGGGAGGGAGAGGCACAUAGGUUCUGUAAAGUGCUAAGAAAAUAAUUUAAAACUGGAAGUUGAUUAAAAAAGCUCUGGAUAAACAUGCUGUAAGGCUGAAUUAAAAGGUUAAAUGG